GUGUCCUGUCCUCGGUCAGGCCCUCUGUGUUCCAGCAGCCGGUCAUCUUCCUUGGCGCAGACGUCACACAUCCUCCAGCAGGCGACGGGAAGAAGCCUUCCAUCGCGGCGGUGGUGGGCAGCAUGGACGGCCACCCCAGCCGAUACUGCGCCACGGUGCGAGUCCAGACGUCGAGACAAGACAUAUCCCAAGUAUCAGCGUGCCCUCCGCCUCCGACUCAUCAGGAGCAGCUCUUCAGUCAGGAAGUGAUCCAGGAUCUGACCAACAUGGUGCGAGAGCUGCUCAUCCAGUUCUACAAGUCCACGCGCUUCAAGCCCACACGCAUCAUCUAUUACCGGGGCGGUGUGUCUGAGGGACAGAUGAAACAGGUGGCGUGGCCGGAGCUGAUAGCCAUCAGGAAGGCCUGCAUCAGUCUGGAAGAGGACUACAGGCCGGGCAUCACAUACAUCGUUGUUCAGAAACGUCACCACACCCGUCUCUUCUGCUCUGACAAAGCUGAGAGGGUGGGGAAGAGCGGUAACGUCCCAGCAGGCACCACGGUGGACAGCACCAUCACACACCCGUCCGAGUUCGACUUCUACCUGUGCAGCCAUGCUGGGAUUCAGGUAAACACACUCGCACACUUUAAACAGAAAUUCUUUGUG